AUGCUUCUUGCAUUUCUGGGGCCAGAAAUUCUAGAAAGUCUCCGAGUACUACUCAAUAGAACAUACAAUAACCAAACCAAGGAUGAAGAAUAUCCUGAGCUUCAGAAUAUGUUCUUAGCGACCCAGAGCAUGAAGGAAGCUUUUCACAAGGCGCAUUAUGCAUUUUUCCCAUACCUGAAACUUUGCUGGAAACCAAAGGAUCUUCAAGUGGAUCCGAAAAUUCCUAAUUCCAUUGAUUAUGGAAUUCUACCCCGACAACGUGAGCCCGCGUGUCGAGACAAGUUAACCAGUCAUUACAUCACAUUCGCUACCCCAUCUAACAGUCUUCCUUUACCCCAUCCGUUGUUACUAGGUACACAUUCAUGA